AGACUAACAUUCACACCAAUACCCACACCCGCACCUACACUCACACCCCACACCCACACCCACACCCAUCUGUCCAUUAUCUGAUACUAUACUUGAUCGAUUUUAUUUUUCAAGUUUACCUUCGAUUCAUCAUAGAAUCCAAUGGCUCAAUGUUGAAUCAUUAUCUAUGGAACGUGUUCUUUUUGUGUACAGAUUAUCCUCAUUUAUAUAAACUUGGUUUAUAUAAUCUUGAAUUAGAAAGAGCAAAACAUCUGUUUAUUAGUAAGAUAUUUUUAUUUUAAUUGGCAUUGAUUUUGAACAAAUGAGAAGUAUAGAUAAAUUUCCUACUAUUUAUUUCAUUAUAAAUGUAAUAGAAUUGAGUAGAUCAUCGAAUAUUCUAUUGAUAAUGAAUUAGUUUUAUCUCAAUAUUUAUCUUGAAAUAUAAACUAAAAAUUUAUAUCGAAAAUAAGAUUUUUUCAAAUAAUCUAUCAAAUAUAGAUGAUUAAUUUGUUGCUAAAGAUUCUUGUAUCUAUGUUUAGAUGGAAAUGUUUUAACUGAUUUAUUUAAAAAUCAAAUUUUAUCACUUAUUAUCCGUAUUUGUAAUAAUAAAAACCAAACUUCAACAAAAGAAGAGAAUACAAUUAUAUUUACAAAUAUCUUUACUGUGUUUACCAAUCUACAGUAUUUAAACUUCGAUUCAUCUUCAUUUUAUUCUCAAUAUAUAUCAUUUGAUAUUUCACCUCCAAUUUUUAUUUCUUCAACUCUUUUAGAACUACAUGUACAUGUAGUACAUUUCAAUGAUUGUCUUUAUUUACUCGAUGGACGUGUUAAUUAA